UGACCCUCCGCGGACAGCCUAGCUUUGGGCUGCUGCUCUUCUGGCGCCUGCCCUAAAGCAAACUCCUAGCAGCUGGGUACGGUAGCUCUUUGGGGACAAAAGUCUUCCCUCUGGGGUGGGCUCCACUUCGCGCUCACGGGUCUUUCGGGCAGACCUGAGCCGGCAGGUUUCAGAGGGUGCGCUGUGCUGCUCUCCGGGGACCAGGAAGAGGCCGGGCUUGCGCGGAGUUGGGGUUGACCUGGGCUGGGGCCCGCGGGACGCCGUCGCUGCCCGGAUGUUGCGAUGGCUGAUCGGGGGAGGCCGAGAACCACAGGGACUGGCCGAGAAAUCUCCUUUACAGACAAUAGGUGAAGAACAAACCCAGAACCCCUACACUGAACUGCUUGUACUGAAAGCUCAUCAUGACAUUGUACGGUAUCUGGUACGGUUAGAUGACUACAGAUUUGCAUCUGCUGGUGAUGAUGGAAUUGUAGUUGUGUGGAAUGCCCAGACAGGAGAAAAACUUUUGGAAUUCAGUGGACACACUCAAAAGAUAACAGCUAUUAUUACAUUGCCUUGUUUGGAAACUUGUGAAGAAAAAAAUCAACUGAUCUUGACGGCCUCUGCUGAUAGAACAGUUAUUGAAUGGGAUUGUGAUACUGGUAGACAAGUUCAGAAAGUGUCAUGCUUCCAGUCUACUGUAAAGUGUUUAGCUGUUCUUCAGAGACUAGACGUUUGGCUCUCUGGUGGGAAUGACCUGUGUGUGUGGAACCGAAAAUUAGAUCUUCUGUGUAAGACAAGUCACCUUUCUGAUACAGGGAUCAGUGCUUUGAUUGAAAUACCUAAGAACUGUGUUGUGGCAGCAGUUGGCAAAGAACUGAUAAUUUUCAGGUUGGUAGCGCCCACAGAGGGAUCACUGGGAUGGGAUAUUCUUGAAGUUAAGCGCCUCCUUGAUCAUCAAGACAAUAUUCUCUCACUGCUUAAUGUCGAUGAUGUGAGUUUUGUAUCUGGCUCCCAUGUCGGGGAACUCAUCGUCUGGGACACCCUGGGCUGGACCGUGCAGGCCUGUGAACGCAACUUCUGGGACCCAUCUCCGCAGCUGGAUGCUCAGCGGGAAAUAAAACUCUGUCAAAAGCCAAAUGACGUUUCUAUCCGUCAUCUCACAUGGGAUGAAGAGAAUGUAUUUGUUGCAGUUGGAAGGGGUUUAUACGUGUAUAACCUUCAGAUGAAGCGUGUGAUUGCCUGCCAGAAAACUGCUCAUGACUCCAGUGUCCUGCACGUUGUGAAACUCCCAAACAGGCAGGUUAUUUCAUGCUCAGAAGAUGGCAGUGUACGCAUUUGGGAGCUACGAGAAAAACAGCAGCUUUCCGUGGAGCCAGUGCCAACGGGUUUUUUUAACAUGUGGGGAUUUGGAAGAGUAAAUAAACAAGCCAGCCAUCCUGUUAAAAAGCAACAAGAAAAUGCCACUUCCUGUUCACUAGAGCUUAUUGGAGAUUUAAUUGGACACUCAUCAUCUGUGGAGAUGUUUCUGUACUUUGAAGACCAUGGACUAGUGACUUGUUCUGCUGAUCACCUCAUUAUUCUCUGGAAAAAUGGAGAACGAGAAUCUGGAUUACGCAGUUUAAAGUUAUUUCAAAAAUUAGAGGAGAAUGGUGACUUGUAUCUGUCUGUCUAGGUUAAGGAAUGAAUAACCUAUACAUGAACCUUGAACAUCAAAUAUAGGGUGAUGCUCUGAAAACCAUUACCAUAUUGAUUAUUUAUUUAAUUUUGUUUAAUUUUUUUAGGGGGUCUGCAAACCAGCAACAGGUUUGCUUCUGAGGUACUAGUACAUCCACCAAAGAAUAUGGUGCAAGUUUUUUGUUUGACUUUCCACAUAAGUUACCUGAAACCAUUGUAGGAAUGGGUCUGAUUUGUUCAGACUUCAGCACAACUGUCUGAUGAAGCAGAAUUAAAUUAUACCACAGUAUCCUCACAGAGAUAAAAUUUUUAUGCUUUAAAUUUUACACCAGAAAUUAUAUAAGCUUAUGCUUAAUGAAAAGCAUAGUACUCAGAACCUCUCUCCGUCUUUAGUGUUACUAUAUUGCCUCUAACUAAAUUCAUCAUCAGGAAUUAGAUAUUUAAAGUUUUACAUGUAGUUUCUUUCAUUUAGCCUUUCUGGAUUUUGAAAUACCUGACUUUGUUAUUCAAAACUAAUAUUUUAACUAUGUGACCACGUGUCAUUCUUUUAAAUUCUUAUUUAAGGAACCUGCUUUAAUGGAAAUAAAUAUACAUGAUAAUUAUGGAAGAUAUUUUAUGAGAAAAAUGAAAACUCCACUGAAGAAUAAAUAGGAUGUAGCAUAUCUUGAGUUUAAACCUUGAGGUAUCUAGAAAACUGAUGCUUCCCGGGAGGAAAUGAAGAUUCCAUAAUAAUUGUCUGUUGUUGAAGUGGUGAGUGCUGUGUUGUAAGCUUCUUAAUUUGAAUCUAGACCCUGGAAGGAGGUAGAAAUAGAAGUAAUAGUAUUUUUUUUCUCUGGUUUUCCUUAGAGCCUGUUUGAUUAAGAAUUCUUGUGAUAAAUAUCCUUUCUCCUACAAAUUCCCCUGGUCUUUAGUAACUACCACUAUGCCGUGAAGCAAACCUGAAUCUCACUGUUUUAACUACAGCUUUUUAAAAAA